AAUUGCCCAGAGAAAAUUAUCCCAGCUCCGUCGCGUAAAAUCUCUCCGGCCUCUCUAUCGUCUCCCCGACUUGGAAUCGCGAGAUCAUAAAAAUGCUCUUGUUACCGGCUCGAAUAGCGCCAACAUAUGGAAGGGCGCUAUUGCAGCGCCGAGGCGUAUCUACACUCAGCACCAACCCCUUCAUAAAAGUCUUCCCAAACGCCGCCCUGGACCACGGCCACCUGCUCACCUAUCUCGACACGAACCCGCCGAUACACAGAUUGGCCAUCGGCUCUACCACCACACUGCCACCAACGCCGCGGUCCUUCUCCGAGAACGGCGAAUUCCUGGCCAUCUUGACAGACGUGCUCCGUCAUCAUGCUGCGGAAGACCCUGACCUGAUCGCUCAAGCGCGAGCCUUUGCCGGGCCGGGUGGAGCAACCCUCGGCUCAGGUGGCGCAUUCUUUGCUCGCCAGCAGAGGCAACGAGGAACGGCGGCUGGGCUGGGCGGCGGAGGGGCAAGUGCUCAAGGGGGCGCUGGGGGCGCCGGAAUUGGGGGGCACAUACAUCUCAGCGACCGGAGGAACCCGCCCGACUACGGCAGGAUCGCGUGGCCCGAGGAUAUCCUCGGCAGCAUCGAGGUCGACGGGUCCGGCGCGAUUGUGGGACGUUUCGAGCCCAGCGGCACGUACCGGAUCCUGACUAACGAGGGGAUUCUAGGUCUCAGCGAUUUCCUCAGGACAAAACUAGUCGAGAGACUGAAGGAAGAGGAGAGGAGAGGAUAGCGUUAUGUGAGAGAGUAUAGCAGUCAAAGCGAAUCCACUCUAGGUUAAGCGCGCCUU